AAUGUACAAAUCUCGAUGCAUGUUGGGACCGGCAAUAAUCAGACAUUCAUCGAUGUCAACAAAUUGUUUGUAUCAUUGGGUACAAAUUUGUGCUGUGCAUUGCCAGGAUAUCAUGCCUUCACUGGAUGCGAUUUCAAUUCAGCAUUUUACCGUAAAGGAAAAAAAAAACCGUUUGAAAUUCUCCGGAAGUCUCCAACGUAUAUCCAGGCACUGAGUGGCAUUUCACAAAUCCCCAAUUGUGACAUCGAUCAAUUGUUGACAGACUUGGAAAGCUAUGUUUGCAGAAUAUAUGGAUUUGCAGGAGUUGAUGAUGUUAACACUGCUCGUGUGUUAACAUUCAACAGAGCAUACGGCAAUAAAGAUGACUGCAAUCCAAUAAAUUUGGAAAAAAAAAUUGACGGAUCUUUAUUCCCGCCCUGUAAGGCUGAACUGAACCAGCAUUUCAUCCGGACGGCAUACAUCGCCCACCUUUGGAGCAAUGCACAUCUCCCUGUCCCUACUAACUUAUUACCAUCCGACUAUGGAUGGGAGAAAAUUGAAGACAAAUAUUUUUUUAAAUGGUUUGUGGGAGACCAACUGCCACCAUCUAUUACUAGCAUCAGUAAUAUGGACUUGAACAUUGAAGAAGAACACGACACAGAAACGGAUGGAGUGUGCGAUAUAACAAUCGACAAUUCGGACGAUAGUGAAGGUUCGGAUGAAGAGGAAAAUUUGUAAAUACUAAAUUAAAAUUUCUGUCAUGUGAAUAAAUAAAUAAAUAAAUCGAUAUUUUGAUGUUGAUAACUAAUUAAUGAAAAU